UGACACGUGGACUUGGGCGGUGCUGCCCUGUGGGUUGUCCUAGGUCUGAGGUGGGAGGGCACGGUGCACAACGGUGCCCAUGCCAUCCCAGCGCUCUAGCCUGAUGCAGCCAAUCCCAGAGGAGACCCGCAAGACCCCUUCUGCGGCAGCAGAGGACAAACGGUGGUCCAGGCCUGAAUGCCAGCUAUGGACGGGGAUGUUGCUCCUGGGCACCUGCUUGCUGUACUGCACGCGUGUCACCAUGCCUGUCUGUACCGUUGCCAUGAGCCAGGACUUCGGCUGGAACAAGAAGGAGGCUGGUAUCGUGCUCAGCAGCUUCUUCUGGGGCUACUGCCUGACUCAGGUGGUGGGCGGCCACCUUGGGGAUCGCAUUGGAGGUGAGAAGGUCAUCUUGCUGUCAGCCUCUGCCUGGGGCUUCAUCACUGUCACCACACCACUGCUUGCCCACCUCGGCAGCGGCCACCUGGCCUUCGUGACAUUCUCUCGAAUACUCACCGGUCUGCUCCAAGGUGUCUACUUUCCAGCCCUGACCAGUCUGCUGUCCCAGAGAGUGCAGGAGAGCGAGAGAUCCUUUACUUACAGCACCGUGGGUGCUGGCUCCCAGGUCGGGACUCUGGUGACUGGGGGCAUAGGGUCUGUGCUCCUGGACCGGUGUGGCUGGCAAAGUGUCUUCUACUUCUCAGGCGGCCUCACCCUGCUCUGGGUGUACUACGUGUACAAGUACCUGCUGGAUGAGAAAGAUCUUGUCCUGGCCCUGGGUGUCCUGGCACAAGGCCUACCUGUGACCAGGCCCUCCAAAGUGCCCUGGAGACAACUCUUCCGGGAAGCCUCUGUCUGGGCGGUAAUCUGCUCACAGCUGUCCUCAGCUUGCUCUUUCUUCAUUCUACUCUCCUGGCUACCUACCUUCUUCAAGGAGACCUUCCCCCACUCCAAGGGCUGGGUCUUCAAUGUGGUACCCUGGUUGCUGGCAAUUCCUGCCAGUUUGUUCAGCGGGUUCAUCUCUGACCGCCUCAUCAGUCAGGGUUACAGAGUCAUCACGGUGCGUAAGUUCAUGCAGGUCAUGGGCCUUGGUCUGUCAAGCAUUUUUGCCCUGUGUCUGGGUCACACCACAAGCUUCCUCAAGUCUAUGAUCUUUGCGUCAGCGUCCAUUGGCUUCCAGACCUUCAACCACAGUGGUAUUUCAGUCAACAUUCAGGACCUGGCCCCAUCCUGUGCUGGUUUCCUGUUUGGUGUAGCCAACACUGCAGGGGCCUUGGCAGGUGUGGUAGGCGUGUGUCUAGGUGGCUAUCUGAUCGAGACCACUGGCUCCUGGACCUGUGUGUUCCACCUGGUGGCCAUCAUCAGCAACCUGGGACUGGGCACCUUUCUGGUGUUCGGGAAGGCACAGAGGGUGGACCUGGUACCCACUCACGAGGACCUCUAGCUUCCUGACGAUCAGUCCCCAGGACGUGACGUCAGCAGCCUAGAGACAACAACUCUGUCGGUGAAACUCUGGGAACUCCACCUCGGAUGUAUGAGCAGACAGCAAGACCACCGUCUCCUGGGGAAUCCACAUGAGUUGGAGAGAUAGCCUGAGUACACACAGGAGGAACGUCACGACUCCACAAAUGCUUGCUAGUCCUGGCUUCUCUCAGGUUCAGUGGGACGGCUGCUGUUACGGAAGCUACAUUGCCGAUGGGAGGUCUCCACAGCCUCAGUCCAUGAGGGUUGUUUCCCCGACAAGAUUUCUCUGGGUUAAGGAUGCGUUGUGUGCUGGUAGAUGUUCAGGGGGCAGUUCCAACCCCCACCUGCUCCGGGCAUCUUCCUAUCUCCAUCUCUCCAGUAACAAUACUCUAAGAAGUCCGUAGACACUAGACCAUGUCUCCAUAAGACAGGCCCACAGUUCAAAACCACAGAGAAGCCAUGGUUUCUGCUUCUCUCCCGAAGUCAGGCUGCCACUCCAGCUGGGCCAGCGUGCGGUAAGCUAGAGGUCCUUGCCUGCCUUUGCAGACCCUGGUUCCCAUUCCUGUGGAUCUCUCAGCACUACUGAUGUGUCCUGGGCUGGCAGGUGCCUGGAAGUCCUCAGGCUUUGCCUGGACACUCCAGACAUCACAGACCCCAGAACAAGGAGGAACACCCCACCACACACACACACACACACACACACACACACACACACACACACACACCCAUCUGGCCUUGUUUUUCUACCUCCCCUCUUAUUCUCUGUGGAGCUGGUCAUUUCAUGAGCUGAUAAUGAAUUCUCCAAGAUGCAUAUUAGAUUUUCUUUAUAGAUAUGGUGAGUCUCGCCAGGGCCUUAUUUAAGUGAAAACUAUUAAACUAUUUAAAGAUAAGACUUGUUUUAUUCAA